UGACACCCACACCGCAAUUAAAGAUGAACUUUGCGUGAACUAAUUUAUCUGAGCAAGGUAACAGGAGGCUGAGACGCAGGCAAUGGGUAUAAAAGACCUUCGCAGUUCACAGCCAGCAGUCUCUCCCAUCUCUUCUCACUAUGGGUCUGUAUACUUUACUGGUAACCUUGCUUUGCACGGUGGUGCUCCCGGUCCUGCUCUUUCUGGCCGCAGUGAAGCUGUGGGAGGUGCUGGUGGUCAGAGGGACUGAUCCUGGCUGUGGAAGCCCCCUUCCUCCAGGGACCAUGGGCUUACCGUUCAUUGGAGAGACACUGCAGCUCAUUCUGCAGAGGAGGAAAUUUCUCCGAAUGAAGCGACAGAAAUACGGAUUUAUCUACAAAACGCACCUAUUCGGUAACCCCACUGUCAGAGUGAUGGGCGCUGAUAACGUGCGGCAGAUUCUGCUGGGGGAGCACAAACUUGUUGCCGUUCAGUGGCCAGCAUCGGUCAGGACCAUCCUGGGCUCUGAUACGCUCUCCAACGUGCACGGCAGCCAGCACAGGAAUAAGAAAAAGGCGGUGAUGAAGGCGUUCUCUCGAGAUGCUCUGGAGCACUACAUCCCGGUAAUCCAGGAGGAGGUGCGGAGCGCCGUGCAAGACUGGAUGCAGCGCGUGCCCUGCGUGCUCGUCUACCCGCACAUGAAGCGCCUCAUGUUCCGCAUUGCCAUGAGGAUCCUCCUGGGCUUCGAGCCAGACCAGAUCAAGACCGACGAGCGAGCGCUGGUCGAAGCUUUUGAGGAAAUGAUCAAGAACCUGUUCUCCCUUCCCAUCGACGUCCCGUUCAGCGGUUUAUACCGGGGCCUGAAAGCGCGAAACUUCAUCCACGCCAAAAUAGAGGAGAACAUCACAAAGAAAAUCCAAGAUGGCGACAACGAGAACGAGCCCAAGCACAAGGACGCGCUGCAGCUGCUGAUCGAAAACAGCCGGAAGACCGGCGAGCCGCUCAGCAUGCAGGCGAUGAAGGAGUCAGCGACUGAGCUUCUCUUCGGGGGCCACGAGACCACGGCCAGCACGGCAACCUCUCUGGUGAUGUUCCUGGGGCUGAAUCCUGAGGUGGUUCAGCGAAUUAGAGACGAGCUGAAAGAGAAGGACGUUUCAGGUAUGCACUCACCUGGAAAGGCUCUAAAUAUGGAGCUACUGGAACAGCUGAAGUACACUGGGUGCGUCAUCAAGGAAACCCUCAGGAUUAAUCCACCUGUACCCGGGGGGUUCCGCGUGGCACUCAAAACCUUUGAACUUAAUGGCUACCAGAUUCCCAAAGGCUGGAAUGUCAUUUACAGCAUUUGUGAUACACAUGAUGUUGCAGAUGUCUUCCCUAACAAAGAGGAAUUCCAGCCAGAACGAUUCAUGGCCAAAGGCUUGGAGGACAGUUCCAGGUUUAACUACAUCCCCUUUGGGGGAGGCUCCAGAAUGUGUGUGGGCAAAGAGUUUGCUAAAGUGCUGCUCAAGAUAUUUUUAGUUGAGCUAGUACAGCAGUGCAACUGGACACUUUUGAAUGGACCGCCAACAAUGAAAACGGGCCCAACUGUGUACCCCGUGGACAAUCUUCCCACAAAGUUCAGCCCUUAUGUCAGUAAUUAGUCCAUUUAAAUUGGCUAUGAGCUGCUAACAUGAGCAUUGUACAUAGGCAUAUUUUAAUUUUCUAGAUGAAAUGUGAUGUAUGACAUUUUUAUAUUUGGUUUAUGUAAUAGAUCUAUAUAUAAAUUCAUUUUUAACAAAGGGCACUACUCUUACAUGGAUCACUGUAUUUCUUUGAGGUAUCUGUGAUGUAUAUUUGUAAUGUAGCUUUGUUUUUUUAUAUAUAUUUAGUGUUUUGUACUGAAUGCAACUUAUUUAAAUUACUCUUUGCUGUAUGGGCUUUAUUUAAUAAAAC